UCAUUAUUACAACAACCUAGUGCCAACAAGUGUCAAGCCCCACUCUCUAACACUUCUUGAAUUUCAUUCAUGCCCCCUUCAAUGGAGGAAACAGCAAGCAACAGAAUCAAAUCAAAGAUGCAAGACUAUGAAGUUGCAGAGCAGAUAGGAAGAGGGGCUUUCGGGGAAGCUUUUAUUGUCAUUCACAAGGCUGAGAAGAAGAGGUAUGUUAUGAAGAAGAUUCAUCUAGCUAAGCAAACUGAAAGUUUUAAGCAAACGGCGCAUCGGGAGAUGGCUUUGAUGGAGAAGCUGAACAAUCCGUACAUCGUCAAGUACAAAGAUGGAUGGGUAGAGAGGGACUCAUAUAUGUGUCUCGUGACAAGUUUCUGUGAAGGAGGAGAUAUGGCUGAGAUGAUAAAAAGAGCUAGACAUGUAUACUUCCCAGAAUCGAAGAUUUGCAGAUGGCUGACUCAGCUGCUUUUAGCAUUAGAUUACCUGCAUUCAAACCGCAUCCUUCACAGAGAUCUGAAGUGCUCUAACAUUUUCCUUACGAAAGACAACAACAUCAGACUUGGUGAUUUUGGACUAGCAAAACCGCUCCAUCAAGAUGAUCUUGCUUCAUCGGUUGUGGGAACUCCUAAUUACAUGUGCCCGGAAAUUCUAGCAGACAUACCCUAUGGCUAUAAAUCGGACAUAUGGUCUUUAGGUUGCUGUAUCUUUGAAAUAGCAGCACAUCAACCACCAUUCCGGGCUUCAGACAUGGCUGGACUUGUUAACAAAAUAAACAGAUCCUCCAUUUCUCCCCUUCCAACCAUAUAUUCAUCUUCGCUGAAGCAGCUGAUCAAAAGCAUGCUUAGGAAAAGCCCACAGCAUAGACCGACCGCUGCAGAACUCCUGAGGCAUCCACAUUUACAACUGUAUCUAGCUCAGAACGGAAACUUAGCUCCAGCUUUUCUUCCGGUAAAAUCUGAAACAGAGUGGAAGAGCAAAUCAGAUAGAAAACGGCUUUCAGAAAAACACAUGCAUAAUGAGUGCAAGGCAAACAAGAAAGGGCAGAUAAAAGACUCCCAUGAUCUCGGGGAACUGGAUAGAAAGGCUCGUUCUAAAGUUCCUAAUUCGUUCAAAAUCACUGGAUUUAGUACUAAAAGUAAUCCAAAGAAAGGUAAAGGAUUCGACACAAACGGUCGUCAUUGCAAAAGUAUCAGUUCCAGAUCCUCAUCAGGGUCAAGUACACUGACGGAUCAAGAUACAGAGCAAAAUGGUUAUUAUCAGCAAGAGCAACAUCCAAGUAAAAUAGGCACUGAGGAUACACCAAUGCCCGAAAGGUGCCGUGGGAUGGAACAUCAAACUGUAUACAUCAAUUGGCUCCAUGAAGAUUGGGUGCCAGAAGCACAAAUAGAAAUCCCUUCAUCUAAAACAGAUGAUCAAGAUUCUUCCAAGCAAACAGAAGAGGAACGAGCACAGAAGUCACACUUUAUUGACCCACAAAAUUUAAGACAAUGUAAUAGCUGUCUACUGGAAGCCAAAGUUUUAAAUGAACAGAAAGCACAGGCUAUGGAGUCACUGCUAGAACUUUGCGCACAACUAUUCAAGCGGAAAAGGUUUGAGGAACUUGCAGGAAUUCUCAAGCCAUUUGGCGAAGAAGCUGCCUCAUCAAGAGAAACUGCAAUUUGGUUGACAAAAGGACUGAUGAAUAUGCAACAAAAUGACAGAGAACCCAAUAGCUAAUGCUGCUGUUUCUUGUAUAUUUUAGCAAUGUUAUAUGUACGACAACAUUGAGUUUAAAAAAAAGGUUCUUGUUGAUUAUAUGGACUAGGAAUCAGUACUUAGCUAAAAAUUGUCUUCUAUCCACAUUGGCGGAGAAA